CCUUCCGGAGCCCGCAGCCGCCCGAGCGCCUCGUGUUUCCCGAAAGUCCCUCCGGCCUCCACUUUCAGUCCAGCCGUCCCGAGCGGAUCCCAGUCCCCGCGUCUCCUAGCGCAGCCCUUUACUUCCGCGUCCCACUCCGGAAGUGACGCACCGGAAGCCCCUUUCGCGUACGGGGCGGGGAAGGAAGAUGGCGGCGCCCAGCAGCCGGUGAGGAGAGAGGACACUUGGCCCCCGGAGAGCGGCCAGGCUCGUGCGUGAUGGCCACCUCCCCGCACACUUUCUCCUCACGCCUCCUGACAGGAGGGGUAGGAGGAUGCGUCUGGUAUCUAGAAAGAAGAGCUGUGCAGGCAUCCCCUCACAAGUUUAUGCAUCUUUUUAGGAACGCCAGCAAGCAGUGGGUUACAUUUCAGCACUUCACCUUCCUCAAGCGAAUGUAUGUCACACAGCUGAACAGAAGCCUCCGCCAGCAAAUAAAGCCAAAGUCAGAGCCAGUGGCCUCUCCUUUCCUUGAGAAAUCGUCUUCGAGUCAAGCCAAAACGGAAGUAUAUGAGAUGAAGCCUUUUGCACCCUCUACCCUAUCUUUGCCCAGAAAGCCUAAUGAAACCGAAUUGAUAGAACUAGAAUCUGCCUCAAUAAUUGAAGGCUCAGUAGAUGUGGGAAAAGAGACAAAAGAUGAAAAGCAGUGGAAAGAGAUGAAGCUGCAUGUGGACGAUUUGCCAGGAAUUUUGGCUCGACUGUCCAAAAUCAAACUCACAGCUCUAGUUGUCAGCACCACUUCAGCGGGAUUCGCAUUGGCCCCGGGGCCCUUCGACUUGUCCUGUUUUCUGCUCACUUCUGUGGGAACAGGCCUGGCAUCCUGUGCUGCCAACUCCAUCAAUCAGUUUUUUGAGGUGCCGUUUGAUUCAAACAUGAAUAGGACAAAGAACAGACCUCUGGUUCGUGGGCAGAUCAGCCCGCUGCUCGCUGUGACCUUUGCCGCUUGCUGUGCUGUCCCAGGAGUCGCCCUUCUGACCUGGGGGGUGAACCCCCUCACAGGAGCCCUGGGGCUCUUCAACAUUUUCCUGUACACCUGCUGCUACACCCCGCUGAAGAGGGUCAGCAUUGCCAACACGUGGGUCGGAGCCGUGGUGGGCGCCAUCCCCCCCGUCAUGGGCUGGACAGCAGCUACUGGCAGCCUAGAUGCUGGAGCCUUUCUUCUGGGCGGAAUCCUCUACUCCUGGCAGUUCCCGCACUUCAACGCGCUGAGCUGGGGCCUCCGGGAGGACUACUCCCGCGGGGGCUACUGCAUGAUGUCGGUCACGCACCCCGUCGCGCUGUCCGCCGCAGCCCCCGCCCUGGGGGUCACCACGUGGACCUUCCCCGUCAUCGCGCUCCCCAUCAACCUGUACAUUUCCUACCUUGGCUUCCGGUUCUACAGGGACGCGGACAGGAAGAGCUCCAGGAAGCUGUUCUUCUGCAGCCUCUGGCACCUGCCCUUGCUCCUGCUGCUCAUGCUCACCUGCAAGCGGCGGGGCGCGGACAGGGACAGCGGGGAGCCUCAAAGCUGAAAUCACACUGGCCUGUGGGAAACACAACAGGGAGACGCACACCUUUUUCCCUCUGCUGUGAGGCAAGAAUCGUUUGGGAUUCCGGAGGAGGAGAAAAGAAGUCACUGGGUUCAGUACAAGGUGCAAAGCGAUUUGGUGCUCAUGAUCCUGCAACAAAAUUUUUAGUGAUGAUAUACAAAAUCCUCCCAAAUAGGAAUUGGGCUGGCUCAGUAGGUUAAUAAGAAAGACUGUAUUUCCCUUCGAGGGCCUUUACAUAUCUCUUCCUGCACCUCCACCCCAUUCUGUCCUUCCUCACUUCCAUGAGCAAGUGCACCUCUUCCGCCACCCCCACCUUCUCUGCCCAUCCACUGAGCCGCAUAGUCCCUCCAGCAACACUGACAUGAGGAAGAAUCCCAAACGGUUGCCUGGGGUCCCAGACUGGACUGCCAGCCCCGCCCUCCCCUCAUCAGCACCUCAGCAUUUCCAAAACCCCGGGAAUCCAAGGCCUCCUUACAGGAGGGUCGGAGCAUUUCCUUCUGGAAGGGGAGCGCUAGACUUAACACCCGAACCCCCCAGCUCGCUCCACGCUGUCCCUCAGCCAGUGUGCACAGCCCCCCCCCCCCUUUGCUGGGGGCCCGCUCAGGCCCGUAGGGAAAGAAU